AUGCUCGAAAAACCAGUGAAUCAUCUUGACUCCAAAGCCUGUAACGGAAUUAACAUUAGAAGACGACCAGAAACUCAACAAGUAUACUAUGAAAAAUCUUCUGCUUUGAUGGAAUGUGAUAAGACACUUGAACAAUUACAAAAUUGUUUGGUUAGCACCAAUUCAACCAUAGAGUCGGUGGAUGCUUCCUGUAAGCAAAUUUUGGAAUCAACAAAAUCGGCUUGUGGACUCAGAAGAGUGAUAUACGUGCCAGACAUUAAACCUAGAGUUCAAAACUUGAACAUGUAA